AUGAGCUUGGACAAGCAGCCCGCCAGCUACAACACGAAUCUCAGCGGUGACGGUGACGAGAAGAGCAUGCUCGCGGCGCUCGACAUGCAGACGCCCCUGUACUAUCUGGGUGGUGCGCAUCGAGGAGCUGCAGAAGCGCUGCUCCUGGAAGCACCGGCAGAGGGGCACAAAAAGAACAGCAUCUUCCAACUCAUAGAGAUGCUGAAGAGCCAGGUGGCCAUUGCAGGCUCCCUGCAGAUGGCGAACAUCGCCGUGCGCCAUGUGGACCGAGAGCUUGCGGAGGCAACGAGCAGCGCCUACGAGCAGGCGCGCGACCUGUUCAAGAAAGCCGCAGACGUGGUCUCACGCUAUGCGGACGUCGCAAAACAGGUGAGUGAGCACGUUCUGCCCGACCUCCAACUGGCCGUCGAAGAGCAGGAGCCUGCAAUGGCGGCAGACAUGCUUGAGAUGGUCAAGGAGUGGGUGGCUGCCAUGAAGAAGGACAGCGACCUCAUUCGAAGCAACUACGGCGAGCUUCAGUCGGCCGUUCUGACGUUGGUGGAUCGAACCUCCCGCAGCAAGCAGGCAGCAGACGACAAGCUCGCCGCUGCCGUGGCCACGGCCAAGGAGGCCCAGAUUGCCAAGGCCACGCAGAACCAAACACACGGCUCAGGCGAUCCGAGCAGUGCCAGCUGCGGCUUUCCGGAUGAGCAGAUCGAGAAGCCCUACCAGGUGGCCACGCGCACCAGUCCAGACGUGUCCCCUCAGGUGAAGACGCAUGUCGCAGCCGAGGUGGACUCGCUCAUUGAGGUCACAGAUGAGUCCAUCCAGUUGCAGUCCAGCGUGACCACCACUCCGCAGUUGACCAGCAGCGAGUACAUGGCAUUGGUGCCCUACAAAGACAGCCUCUUCCCCGAGGCCGAGGGCGCAGCCGGACACGCCGCCGACUCCUCCAAGAGCUUGCUUAAGGCCUUGCACGAACUCCGGCGGGUGGACUCUAUUUUGGAGGGUUGCUCCGUGUUUUGGGCCGGCAUGGAUCGUGCUGUCCAUCAGCUGGGACAGAUGAAGCAGCAUGCGGAGCGUCUUGUGAACUUCGCCACGAGCACUCCGAAGCUCAGGGAGCGCUUCGACCAGCGGAUGUUGGAGUACGGCAAGAAUUGGUCUGACCUCGAAAAGCUUUGCCGGGAGUACAACUCGAAGCAUCACGACUCUGGGCUGCACACGAAUCGAUGUCACUUACACCUGGCUUCAAGAUCAGACUUCAGCAACGGUUUCCCGAGGGCAUUUUCCUGUAGCGAUGUAGCGAGCCAUGUCCAGCGAGAAUCCAUUGUCGCUCGACAUCUCGACAUAAUGACUCAGGCAAAGCCUUCGAUGACACGGGCGAAGCCGGGGAUUGCAGCCACGAAUCCAGCCAUCGCCCAGGGCGUCACAGGCUACCACAGUUCCAGCCUCGCUUGCAGCGUACUGCCGCAUGCGCCCAGGCAAGUUGGGGUUUCGGCAUGUACAGGGUUCUGCUCAGUAUGCUCCGCCCAUUUUUGA